AUCACGUGACUACAGGUCAGAUUCCAUAUAUGGUGCAAUCAUCCCGCGGGUCAUACCCGCAGGUACAGUGACCCGUAGAGCAGUCGAGUCCACUUGGUUAAUUGCAAGUAACCCAAGGGAGGAUCGUGUAGGGUCUGAGCUAAAAGCAAUGAUAAGGGCCCCGCCAGGGUACUCGUUGGUAGGUGCAGACGUGGACAGUCAGGAAUUGUGGAUUGCUGCUGUACUGGGCGACGCCAAUUUUGCUGGUAUUCAUGGUAGUACAGCGUUUGGUUGGAUGACGUUACAAGGCAGCAAGUCAGACGGUACAGAUUUACACAGCACGACCGCCAGCACUAUCGGCAUCAGCCGUGACCAUGCUAAAGUCUUCAACUAUGGGCGAAUUUACGGUGCUGGCCAGCGGUUUGCCGAGCGCUUGUUGCUUCAAUUCAACCAUAGAUUAACUGACAAAGAAGCCAAAAUGAAAGCUGAAACGUUGUACGGCAAGACCAAAGGAACAGUGAAGUAUAAGCUUUCAGACUAUGGGUACCAGGUAGCUGAUAAAAUAGGUCGACUACAUGACGUGGAUGAAAAUGGUUGCGUAGAGCCGAAAGUGUACUGGGAACUAGCAAGAAAAGCUCAUCGUGCAAGGGGAAACAAACUGAAAAAGAGUAUCGAAUGUGGUCGUGUUUGGCAGGGAGGAAGGUAA